AUGACAAAAACUAAUGAACAAACAAAGACUGGUCAUGUCAAACAAAUUUGUCAACAUUUUUUAUUACAUUCUGAUUCAGGUUUAGCUCAUCGAUUACAAGAAGAAGAAUUUGCUGUACAUUUUGAUCGAAAUCGUACACUUCGACGCGACUCACGGUUAGGUGUAAAAACUGCUCGCAAUGUUGAAGAAGAAGAAAAACGAGCAUUUGUUGCAAAACAAUUAGAGUUUUAUCAACAAAAACACAAAAUAGAAGAAAAUGAUAUUGCAUUAGCACGACAGUUACAAGACGAAAUGAAAAUUCAAUCAAAUUCAAUAGAUCAAACUCCUUAUAGAACUCAUUAUCAUUCUUCUGAUGAUCAAAAUUUUUAUGAAGAAAUUGAUCCACCAUCAAAAUAUGAUGAUACAAGUAAUGAUGAACAAUUAGCACGAAUUUUACAAGAAGAAGAACAAUUAUUAUCUUCUACUCAUCGUUCGCGUUACAAUUCCACAUUUGUAUAA